AUGGAGGAGGAGUUGCAAAAAGUUCAAAAAAAUCUACCUGAUGAGUUUCCUCUUAUCUCAGAUGAGGAGUCCAAAGAGAUACCUUUUGACCAAAACAUAUGUUUACCUAACUACGAAAACUUAAAUCUACCUUACUUCCCUGAGAAUUUUAAAGAUGUUAAAGUCUUUCGUAAGUGGAAAAAGAGUGUAGAUUUGUGUUUUGAGUAUCGUGAAAUCCCAUACGAAAUACAAGGACAACUUGUAGCCGAGACAUUCCCAAAGAAUUUCCCAUGGUGGGAACAAAUCCAAAAGCUAAGCCAGUGA